AUGAAUAUCUUGAAGAAUAACUUUAAAUUGGCUUGCGCUAUAGGAGCUGGGAUCACUGGUAUAGUAUCUGGUAUCUAUUGGUAUCAUGGUGCUUUUUCUGAUAUAGAGUUUAGAGAUUCAAAGUAUGGUCCUUAUGAUUUCGUCUACUAUAAGAGAGUAGGAAGCUAUUAAACUUUAGGUAGUGAAUGGUCAAAGAUGAGUAAUGAAGUUCAAAAAUAGUUUAGCACUGUACAUUUUAUUGGCAUAUACUACGAUAACCCUGAACAGCUAAAAGAUCCAAAUCAAGCAAGAGCAGCUCUUGGUUUUGCUGUUGGAAACUGUGAAAAGGAUAAGAUUAAGGCUUUCUUAGAUAGUCACCCAAAUUACAAAUUUACUGAGCUUCCUGAAGUGCAAAGUCAUUCUACGAGCUUCCCCUUCAAAUCUUAUUUUUCAUUUAAAAUAGUAAAAGAUAAAAUAUAUCCCAAAGUAAGAGACUUUGUAUUUGAGAAAAAACUUAAAUCAUAUUGUUUAAUAGAGUCUUACUUAUUUUAGGUUUAAAAUAAAAAAAUAAAUUUUGAUAUCCCCAUUGGAAAUAAUUCAUAAAGCUACUUAUUAUUUUGA